GCCGGUGAAACUUCAACUCUUACUGUCUAUGCCCCAAAGCCAUGUCCAACGGUCCCGCCUUGUCCAACAUGUGCGUCUCCCACUUGUCAUUGUCCCAAUGCUGGCAGUCCGACAACAUCUCCUCCAGGAGGUAAUGGAGCACAGGGGCCGUGUCCUGGAUCGGGUUAUACAUGUCACGAUUGUCUUGACGGGUGGUUCUGCCCACCACCACAAACGCCUGCUCAAUCUGCCCCUUGUGGGUUCGGUUGGCCUUGUGCCCAUUGUGAUGGAGGCUGGUUUUGUGUUCCUGGACCAACGUCACCACCUGAUUCGGAAACAUGCACAAGCACCAGUGGACCAACUCCUAACAGCGCUAGCACAACCUCCUCACCAUCCUCUCGGUCUGCUACCUUUUCUCAAGCGAGCCCGACGCGCCCUGCGGGAACAGGUGGGCCCAGACCUAGCCCCAAGAGCCCUAGAGGAGCCUCGGGCUGGGGCUACUGCGGCUGCUGGGCUGACCAACCUGAUCAGCCAGCACUCAGUCUAGGACCUCACACCAAUAUAGGGCCCCUUACUAACGUGGCGUGUGUUCAACAUUGCAUGGCCCGUGGUUUCCUCAUGGCGGGUACGGAAGGCGGUGAUAGUUGCUACUGCGGAAACUUCCUUAAUGGAACACAGCACUUGGAUGACUCCGUAUGUUCGACGCCAUGUAAGGGCGACCCUAAGCAAGCCUGCGGUGGCAACCAAGCUCUCACUUGUUACAGUUCUGACAAUGAAGCUCACGGCUGGGCAAGCGUCGGCCCUCAGCCUUUACCUGCAACCGUCUCGCCACCUGAGGUUAUCUCGUUGGCUGUUGGCGGCAUUGCUCAGACUGUAGUCACUCAACCGGCGGAAGUGUUUCCUCCACCCGGUGCAGACAUGAGUUCGCUAGUAAGUAAGUAUGGACACAAAACGAAACAACCCGAGGGUCAGUUACCUAGCGGUAAGGGAGGUCCUGCUCCAGGAUCACCAACAACCUCACCCAAUGGAGGCGGCGGCGGUGCUGGUCCAGUACAGGGCUCUCCAUCGGGUUCAAAUCCAAACGAGAUUUCUAGUACCGGUCCUACCUCUCCCAGUAGUAGCGGUGGUUCAUCUUCAAAUCCGAAUGGAGCCGGGGGAGCAGCCCCGAUGUCACCCGGGAGCAACCCCACGACAUCUCCGAAUUGGAAUACCAACUCAGGGAUGAAUCCGAGUUCUACGCCGAAUAGUAAUGGUGGUGGUCCGGCCCCUGGCCAGGGGAGUAGUCCCAGUUCGUCUUCGACUGGAGGAGCAGGCGCCGGUCCAGUUUCUGGUCCCAAUUCGAAUACAUCACCGAGUCAAGGAGGUGGUUCCAGUUCUAGUCCCGGAGGCGGAAUGGGUGGUGCUGGCCCGGUGACGGCUGGAGGAAAUCCCAAUUCGCCAACUUCUUCUCCCGUUGGUGCUGGGACCGCCGGCGCAUCUCCAACUGGCCCGAGUAGUAAUACCGGAAAAAUACCUCCGUGUGAUGGCUCAAAUCCAAACUGUACACCAGUUGGAGGUGACCAAACACAGCCGUCGCCAGGUCAGGGCCAGGGCACUGCUGCUCCCAAUCCUAAUGGCAACCCGAGUCAGACGGCAUCAGGCGGAGGUCAAGGAACAGCCGCUCCCAACCCCACCGGUAACCCAAAUCAAACUCCUACAGGUCCAGGUCAGGGUACUGCAGCUCCUGCUCCUGGAAGCGGCGGUGACCCAACUCAACCUUCCACUAGCCAGGGCCAAGGAACCGCAGCUCCUAAUCCCGGUCAAGGUACAGCAGCCCCCAAUGGUGCUCCUAGCACUUGUACUUCAGGCUCAACCGAUCCAAAUUGUAAUCCAUCAUCCCAGAACCAGGGGUCAAAUUCACCCUCAAAUGGUGGGACAGCAGCACCUAAUCCAACAGGAAAUGGAAGCAAACUGUGCUCAAUUGGUUCUAAUGAUCCUGCCUGUACGAGCAUAGCAGGCAAUAAGGGCUCGUUGACACCAACAUCGUCCGGCCAAGGCCAAGGGACAGCAGCACCUAAUGCUAACCCGAACCCAUCUACCUGCACGUCUGGUUCGAACGAUCCGGCUUGCAGUUCACCAGGGAAUGCAGGUACUGCAGCACCCGGCGCAACGCAGGGAAGUACUUCACCGAAUGGCAAUGGUGGAGCAGGUCCCAAUCCAUCAACGCCUGGCAAUAACCCAAGCUCAUCAUCACCCAACAAUGGGGCCGGUGGUCCUGCGCCUGGACAAAACCAGCCUACAACUUCGAAUUCCAACGGUGUCCCCUCCACUUGUACCGCAGGAUCUACCGAUCCCGCCUGUACAUCACCCAACAACGGUGGUGGUGUCGGCGCCGGCCCGGGACAGAAUCAGCCGUCUGGGUCAAGUCCGAGCACUGGUACUGCUAGUUGUAUGCAAGGAUCUUCGGACCCUUCUUGCACAUCACCGAAUAAUGGAGGGGCUGGCGCUGGUCCGGGAGGGCAAAACCAACCGACCGCCUCUGGUCCAAAUAAUUCACCUUCGAGCGGUAGUUCAUGUACGCUAGGAUCUAAUGACCCAAACUGUACCUCCCCUGGAAAUGGUGGAAACACUAGUCCAGGUGGGACGGGAGGCCAAGGCCCGGUCACGAACGGCCCAGCAACAACGAAUCCAUCUAGUAACGGAGGGGGAGCCGGCCCAGGCGGACAAGGAAACGGAAAUAGUACCCCAUCGACACCGGGCUCUAACCCGACUUCGAACCCAUCUGGGAAUGGUGGUGCUGGACCUAACAACGGAGGUAACGGAAGUGGCAACCCAUCAACUCCAGGAUCGGGCCCAACUUCUAACCCCGCCGGCGCUGGUGGCCCUGCUCCCGGGCAAGGCUCAAAUCCAACCUCACUUCCUCCCGGAGCGGUGCCGUAUAGCGCUCGGCCUUCUCCCUCGAUGACCACAUUCGCGUCCAUGAUCCCGUGGACCGAGCCCGAUGGCAGCAGGGGACCUCCAACCACCGCACUACAUCACGGAAUGAGCAGCGAUAUAGAGGUCUCCGAUACUCCCGAACUAGAGUUUGAAAAGGCGCCUACUACAACUUUCAGUACGUCAAUGCUAACGGAUCCACGUUGGCAGCGCAUACGUCCGGUAGUGGUGUGGUAAAAAGGAAAGCAAGGCAUAGCCUCAACGAAGGUUACAGAAGCCUUUAAAGAAAGAGAACAUAUGGAAUGGAAUGGAGAGGACAUUAAAAGCUUAGGAGACCUUGGGUACCAUUAUGAGUGAGAAGGCUUUCCGACUAUUUAUUAAGGGGUGAGAGUCACUCGCUCUUUUCUUUUUUUGGAACUUUUUGGAAUUGGGAUUGUAUUUGUCAGGAGUCGUGCAGUCUUGGUUGACGCUGCAUACAGUUACAGUUACAGUUACACUUAGACAGAGACAUAGCCUGCUAGGGAUGAUAUGUCGAGAUACUGUUAGCAAUUAAUGAAUGGGAAAUAUUCAUCCCUUUACUUUCACGUAAUUAUCUC